AUGUCCCCAGCCGUGUCCCCGGCCGUGUCCCCAGGCGGGUCCCAGCCCUGGCUGGCCGCGGGCAGGGCCUCGCCCCGCCUGGUGCUGGGGGUGGUGUUCGUGGCGCUGCUGCUGGACAACGUCCUGCUCACCGUCGUGGUCCCCAUCGUCCCCACCUUCCUCUACACGACCGAGUACGAGGGUGCCACGAGCUCCGCGAGCCCGGCGCUGCCCGAGCCGAGCCCCGCAGCCCCCGGGGCCGCUCCCUUCUCCUCCGGGCUCUCCUACUUCCACAACACCCCCGAGCCCGUCCGGGGCUUCAGCAGCGCCGUGGGGCCGCCGAACGGGACGGGGAGCGGCCCCCCGGGACCCGCCGGCCGGAGCUGCCCGCAGGGAGGGGAGUUCCUGGCGCAGGAGAACACCCGCGUGGGGCUGCUCUUCGCCUCCAAGGCUCUGGUGCAGCUGCUGGUCAACCCCUGGGUGGGGCUGCUGACCAACAGGAUCGGGUACCACAUCCCCAUGUUCCUGGGCUUCACCAUCAUGUUCCUCUCCACAGUCAUGUUUGCUUUCUCCGGCACCUACACCCUGCUGCUCAUCGCCAGAGCCCUCCAGGGCCUCGGCUCCUCCUUCUCCUCGGUGGCAGGCCUGGGGCUGCUGGCCAGCGUGUACCCGGACGACUCGGAGAGGGGCAGCGCCAUGGGCAUCGCCCUGGGAGGCCUGGCCUUGGGAGUGCUGAUCGGGGCACCCUUCGGCAGCAUCAUGUACGAAUUCGUGGGGAAAGCGUCGCCCUUCCUGGUCCUGGCCUGCCUCGCCCUCCUGGAUGGAGCUCUGCAGCUGUGCAUCCUGCAGCCCUCGCGGAUCUCCCCGGAGAGCACCAAAGCCACCCCGAUGUCCACCCUGCUGCGAGACCCCUACAUCCUGGUGGCUGCAGGAGCCCUCUGCUUGUCCAACAUGGGUGUGGCCAUGCUGGAGCCCACGCUGCCCAUCUGGAUGCUGCAGACCAUGUGCUCCCCGCAGUGGCAGCUCGGGAUGGCGUUCCUGCCUGCCAGCAUCUCCUACCUCAUUGGCACCAACCUCUUUGGGAUUCUGGCCAACAGGAUGGGCAGGUGGCUGUGCUCCAUGAUUGGAAUGGCCGUGGUGGGAAUCAGCCUCCUCUGUGUCCCUCUGGCCACCAACAUUUACGGGCUGAUCGGCCCCAACGCCGGCCUGGGCUUUGCCAUAGGAAUGGUGGACUCCUCCAUGAUGCCCAUCAUGGCCUACCUGGUGGACCUGCGCCACACCUCGGCCUACGGCACCGUCUACGCCAUCGCCGACGUGGCCUUCUGCACGGGCUUUGCCGUCGGUCCGUCGGCGGGCGGGGCGAUUGUGCGGGCGCUGGGCUUCCCCUGGCUGAUGGCGAUGGCGGGCGUGCUGAACGUGGCCUACGCGCCGCUCUGCUGGCUCCUGCGCAGCCCCCCGGCCGCGGAGGAGAAGAUGGCCAUCCUGGGCCAGGAGUGCGCCAUGAAACCCAAAAGCUACACCCCGAAGGAAUCCCAGCGGGAAUCGCCCCUCACGGAGGAGAGCGACGGGGAGGCAGAAAACGUGGAAUAGCCAAGGAAUGCGUGUCCUGCUUUGGAAUUAGAAUUCCGGUCACAGAACACGGAUGUGAGGGCAGCCGCUGCCAGCUUAGCCUGCCCCAGACUCGUGAAUCUCCAACCUCUACUCCAGGAUUUGGAGGCUCCAUCCAUUCCGUGAAGCCACUGUGGGACUCAGCCUAUAGUGAAGACGUCACUGCAAUGUCACCGCUCCUCUGAGGACACUAAAAACCCUUCGCUUGUGUUGUGGUGUAGUCUGAUGUAUUGCGCUAUGUCUGUGCUGCUCGUGUGUCCUUCCCAACAUGCAUUAAAUGAAUUUAUUCGUUUGAAGAGCUCUAAAGAAAUUGAGGUGGGAAUAAGGUUUAGACGCAACAAAGCCAGUUAGAUCACUGUAUUUAAUGUGGCUUUGUCAGGGGCUGCAGCCGAGGGGGGGGGGGUCUCACAAGCUCUGAGGGAAGAGCUUGGCAGGGAAUCUGCAUUUUCUCCCACUGUGGCAGAGUGCAGAUUUAACCUGCUCCAAACACAUCGUUCGGGGCCCCUCAGCGUGUGUUUGAGCGAGGCACUGUGUGAUGUCCGCCCUGAGGGGGCGCGGC